AAAUAAAAUAUGACUGGUUGUAGAAUUUUUUGUAACCGAGCGAAUAAAGUGUGACCAGUCUAAACAAACCCACACGAUCUCGAAACGAAAAGUUGUUUUGCUUAAAAUGCAAAUAAUUCUAUUUCUUAAUUGUAGAAUUUGAAGGUAAUACAAGACAAUGGCAGAUAGAUCCCCAACUCCUAAAAAGGUGCAUUCAGAUUCAGAAGAUUUGGAAGGUCUCUCAAAGGCAGAGCUUAUUGCCAGACUGAAAGAACAAGAACAAUUUAUUAAACAGCUUGAGUCAAAAAGAAUAAAGCUGGACAAAGCCGAGGAUGAUACUGAGAUAAAUGAUCGUCUGAAGCAGCAGCAGAAAGAUGCCUCUCGCCGUGAAAAUACCCUCGUACACAGACUGACAACUAAAGAGCAGGAAUUACAGGACUAUGUGAACCAGAUUUCUGAGCUAAAACAUGCGCAAACACAAGGAACAACUCAGCUGAAAUCUAUGUUACUUGAUCCAGCAGUCAACAUCGUGUUUCAGAGAAUGGCUAAGGAAAUGGAAGAAGCACAGGAAAAACUUAAACAAACCCAAAACGAACUAAGUGCAUGGAAGUUCACUCCUGACAGUCAAACAGGGAAACGUUUAAUGGCACGAUGUCAGAUGUUACUUCAAGAGAACGAGGAAUUGGGUAAGACAAUCGCAUCGGGUAAGACUGCUAAACUGGAGGGAGAAAUAGCGCUGCAGAAAACACUUGUCACUGAAAUGAAAAAUAAUCAGUCAGAGCUAGAUGAGUUCUUGGGCGAUCUGGAGGAAGAUGUUGAAGGGAUGCAGACUAUGAUCUACGUAUUACAACAACAACUACGCGAGUCUAAGGAACAAAUAGCCGCCCUAGAGGAAGAGAACAAUCGCCUCAGAUCUGGCGACAUGUCCGUUAGUAAGACGUUACCGAAAAAACCUGAUAAAUUAGAAGAAAGACCAAUCAAAAUAGAGAAUAAAAAUCAAAAUGCUUACUCGAGUGACACGGACUACGCUGGUAUGGCAACAAGAUUUUAUCAAGAGAAGACAGAUAGUGAUCUCGAAGCGGAAUAUAGUUACGAAGGUAUGUAUGAAAAUGACGACAAAUAUCAAGAAGAACUAGAACGUCAACAGAGUGUUGAAGCAGAGCAAUAUGAUUAUGAGGAAAAUGGCUAUAAAAACUACGAUGACGAUUACGAUUCGCAAGACUAUAAAAGCUCGUACAUGGAAACAGAAACGGAGCAGGAAGCAAUGGAAACAGACGAUACUCAUCAAGAAAUGUCAAAAGAAAGGACUCGACCGCUAGAAGUCGAAAAUAAGUCAAAUAAUGAACACAGUCAUUCUGUGCCAAAUGAGACUACACAAGAUGUCACAAAUUCAUCUGUCCAUAACACAUCCCAUAGUCGAUCACCAAAGUCCGUAGACACUGCUAGGCAGCAUAAAGACGAUAAGCAAAUUUUACAUCAAGAAAAAAUAACAGUGACAGAACAGGAUUCAAGAGAUGUUGAAAAUGGCAGAAAAGAUACGGUACGGACAGAGUCAUGUGGAAAAGGUAAUAAAACAGACAGAGAAAGAACUCCUGAGAAAUCUAGAAUUCCGAGUCCGAGGCCAUCUAAAGUUAGUCCAAAUAAGAAAGCUGCUACAAAAUCCAAGACUUCAGGGAAUGAAGGAAAUCAUAAGACAGACGCUACUAAUGGUAGCCCUCCAAAAGACCACAGUCCUAAUAGUAAAUAUACAAAGCAGUUGACAGUCGAUGUUAAAGAACGGACAGACGUUUCACAAAGUAGGUCCCCUAGAGACAGAAGUCCUGGUUCCACAGGUAGUUUGAAGGAUCGGGAACCAGUUUUACAGAAAUUUAUGAAUGGUGUUACAUCAACUGUUGAUGAUAUUGAAGAUUUGUAAUGUUGUAGUUUUUUUUAUCAUGUUUAGCAAGUAAUUGUUUGUUAUCUAGAUGCAUAAUACAGUCCUCACAGUUGUCUAUAAGGCUUAACUCGUAAUAAGAUCUUUGGUGUAAAAAAACCCAAACAAAUAAGCUUUAUAUCAUAGCACUAGAAUAUAUUUUGCUCUUAACUUAAAAUAUUGCAGGACCUUUAAAAAGUUUUUAAAAAAAGUUUCAAUCUGAUAAAAUUUGUUGGUUGUGUUUCAUGAAUGGGUAGGGGCAGUUUAUACCUCAAAAUAUAUCAUUUGACUUAAAUUAUUAAAAACACAAACCCCGCAGGGUCUGAAUUACUUUGUUGGUAAUUAACUUCAACAUGAUGUUAAGCCUGAAUUAUCAAACAUUUCUAUAUAGGCAUUGUACCUUUUAUAUUUGUAGACACUUACUAUGAGAAAGAAAAAUGACCCAGCUGUCUAUUAAUUUGUGUCUAGGUAACUGUUUGUUUGAGUGUACACAUUGAUUUUUGUUAUCUUGUCAAGUGGUGAUCUCUCUAUUAUCUGUGUAUAAUGAUAUAUUUAAUAUAAAGGUAAGUAAAAUGCUGAGUAAAUGAAGUGUGAUUACAAAUGUGCUGAUGUUGUGUGUACAUGUACAAAGUUGCUAUGUAGUGUGGGAUUUAAGAUUUAUAAGUAAAAAUGGGCAGUUAAAUCAAUGUUGUUAGUAAAAUAUUGCCCAGGUAAGGUUGUCCUGUAGCGUGUAAAAUAAUGUUUCAGAUAUAAAAGAUAAGUAAAAAUUAGUUUUUGCCAGCCCUAGUAAUAGUAAUAUGGCAAGUUUCAAGCAACUUUAUCAAAGCCAAAUGAUUUCUUUAAAAAUAGUGUCUCUUAGGUAACCAUUUGAUAUUGCUGAUGUGUUAAAAUUUUGAUUUCUGGAUUUUUAUUGUAUUUUUCUUGGUGCAUUUAUUGUUAUAAUACAUAUUUAUUGUAACAUCCAUUACAGUAUCAAACUUUCUUUUCUUACUUUAUUUUUUCUAUUAUUGGAGCCUGAAUAAUGUGAUUGGUUUACAUACAAGUUAAAUAUAUAAUAGUAAUAUUAAUGAUUUUUAAGAAAUGAAGCCUAUUCCAGUUUUUGUUUUUGAUAGGCAUGAUAAUUAAGUUCAGGUUAACUAUAGUUGCCUUAGUGCAAUAAUAAGUUUUCUAUUUAAUUAUGUAAGGAGUUAACCAGUUACUGCACUAAGUUGACAAAAUUGCAGUUUAAAGCUGAGAACGUCCAUGAAUUUAGCAGGUUAAGGAUUAAAACCCGAAAUUUAAACAGUCAUUUUAAAGGACUAGGGGAGAGGGGCAAAGGGAGUUUUAGUGGCAAAACUAUAAUGCCAAAAUAUUGUUUGUUGAACUAUUACGUGUAGCACCAAUUGUAAAAUAUUAUUUCUGAUCUUCCAUUUAGUUUUAUUGCUAAUACCAAAUUUGUUAAUUCAUUGUUUUCAUACAGUAUUUUUUCACGUCCCCAAAAACUUGGGGGGAGGGGGGUAUAGAUUUACUCUUAUCUGUCUGUCAAACUGUCUGUCUGUAAACUGAUAAAACAAUUGAAUGUGGGGGCUCCAUAUCUUAGGGACACAUUUCUUGUUUUCCCAUGUAUUUCUAAAGCUUUGUUGUGCAAGAAAAACAUUUAUACACAAGGUACAAGAAAUAUUUUUCAUUUUCAGCUUAAGUGUUUUUUGGUGUGUUUUUUUCCAUGGGUGAAGUUUUUAGGGUUUAGAACAUUUAAUGACAUAUAAAAAAGUUAAGUUACAUUAUUUUAAGAUAUAAAACUUGUUAAACUUUUUGGUUUUUAUGUGAUUUCCAGAAUUAUUUUUACCUUUUUUGCGUACAUUUAUUUCAUUGGAAUAUGUCUGAUCAAAAAGAGUUUUCAAUUCACAAAGGUGUAGUAUAUGUAAUAGCGUAUAGUUGUUUUGCAGUUUUCUUUUUGUAGUUAAAUGAAAAUACAUUGAUGCUAUUAAACAUUUUGGACGACUGCAGGGCUUUUUUUUCACAGGUUGGGGAAGGGGACCAUUUCCUUAAAUUUUGGGGAAUAUUACAUGUAAUUUUUGCAGAAGGUAGAAGAUACUGUAUAAAAACCGUAUUUUAUUGGAAAUUUGCAUGAUUUUUAAGUAUUUUACUAUUGAUAGGGGGUGGGGAACAUCUGUUCACAGCCUUCUGUUAUUCAAGGGGAAAAAAGCUCUGGACUUCUGAAUCUUUUAACGUUAUUGUUCUGAAUGUUUGAGGAUAUUUGGACUUGUCAUCAUGGCCCUAGUGUUGAUGUGAUUCUUUUUUCUAGACCAUUUCAGAGUGUUUAUAUUAACAAUAUUAUUUUGGUUUUUCUCUACUUUAUUAAAGUUAUGUACCCAAUAAGGGUUCUCAGCGAUAGAAAGUUAGGCCAUUAACAUUACUUUUGAAGCUCAUUUGAAGCAGUCAUUGUAUAUAAUUAUGAUAUAAACAGUUCUUUAUUUCUUUACUUUGUACACAUUUCAAUGUAUCAUAAUGUUAAAUGGUACUAAAAAGCAUAUUUUUUCUGAACUUUGAUUAUUGUGAGUGUCUUAUUUUUUUAUAAAGGAAAAGUGUUGAGGGAUAACUGCAAGUGGUCAUAAUUUUUGUUGCUUUUCAUCGACUUAUAAUUCAUUUUUCAAUGUAUUCCUUGAAAGAUUUUUAUUUUUAGAAAAAAUCAGCAUAAUAAAUAUAAAGCAAUAGUUUUCAAUAAAAUUUAUCAGUUUUGUUCUAUGUUUUGAACUCCCCCUUUACCCUGCUGAAAGUUAUGAGUGUUUGUCAUGAUUAUAGAGCCAGGCCAGCAUUUGCACAUCCAUUUAGUCUCUGUCUGACCAGGCUUUAUAUUGUUGGCUGACCAUCCUGAUACCCCAAAAAUAAAUAAUGGACAAUUCCAAAAUUGGAAGCUGGACAAGUCCAUUCAAGAAAUUCAGCAGGUUAAGGGUGAAGUAUUGGCAUGCAUUCAUAAAAGUGAUAUUUUACUUAUAGUUAUAUCCCAUCUGAGCUUCUGUUCACAGUUUCUUUUUUAGAUAGUACUUCAACAUAAAUUACACAUGUUUUAGACUGCUAAGUGACUAAGGCAGCUUGUUAGUUCUAUGUACUUCAGAAUUUUAAGGGUUAAGUCUUCAAGUAUAAGAUGAUUUUUUUCUGUGACAAUUACUUUUUCUCUACCUUUAGGUCAAGUAUUAUAAAGAUUAAGAAGUGUUCUAAAUACCCUGCAGUGUAAUAAAGUUAGCGCUGGUACAUAAUGCAGGAGUUUUUCGAUGACAUUCUAAGAAGUAGUGUUUGAAUUGGAUAAAAACUGAACUAAAAAAAACCACAUUCACCCACUAUAAGCCCCUCUUUCUGCCAUACUUACCACCACCCCCCCCCCCCCACCCCCCCCCCAAAAAAAAAAAUAAAUAUUCCCUUCCCUACCCAGUUGCCCCCUUCAUUAUCCCAACCCCAGCCAUCUAAAAUAUUGAAGCAAAGCUUCAGUGAAAAUUGUUAAGAUUAUAAGUCUUGCUUGCAAGCCAUUCCAGGAUUUUUUGUAGAAUAAAAAACAGAGUUCCCCUUAUAUUUUAUCAGUUCACUGGGGUGGGGGACAUGUUAUACAUUGAGUAAUAUUUAUUAUUCUUAUGUUAUAUUUUUUCCUACUUAACUACAAAUGCUCAAUUAUAUUUAAGUUGAUUUUUAUGUUUCUUAUUUAAAGAAUUGUAAUGGAACUGAUUAAUUGUAUAGAACCCUAAGAGAAUUGUACAUUUUAUAAUUGCAACUGAUAGUGUGUUACUUGUAACAUUGUUACCCUAGUAGCAUUGUUAAAACUGGUUAUUAAAGCAACUUGCCCGGAGAUGAGUUAUUAUUUACUCGCAACAAAUUAUGUAAUGUAAAAAUUGUAAAAAAUGACAUACAUUUUUAUAUGCCUUUAGAUCGUCUUAGAACUAUUUUACAUAUUUUAAAAUUUGUUACCAGCUUUGAGUCAUUGUGCUUUUAAACAUAAACCCAUUUUGAUAACUUGUGCAACAGUUUUGUGGAUACUAAGUAAAAGUAACUUUGGAGUUGCUUAAAUUACUUUAUUUGUUCAUUUGACAAUUUUUUUACAAACAUUUCUAAAUUAAUUGUUUAAAAAAUGCGAAGAUUUAGUGGCAUACUGCUUUAAAAUCAUUUAAGUUAUGACAAUGUUAGAUAAAGCCCUUGUCAUAUUGUUGAGUCUUGUUUUUUAUUAGUGGUCGUAUAAAUGUUUUAUGACUGGUUAAGUCAAUUGUGUCAUUUAAACAGUGCAUUACUUGCUAAUGAAUAAAACAAAAUAAAAUGGUA